UUGUUUGCUGAUUAGAGCAUUUCAAAACAUUUCGCGCUGUUCGCACGUGUGUUCAUGAAAUUUCUAUAAAAAGUGCGUUUGAUUUACAAAUUUCUCGUAUAAAAUAUUUAAAUAAGUUUUAAAAAUGACUGCUAAAGUGAAAACCUCUAAAAAAAUGCAAAGUAAAACUACAUCACAUCCGGAACCGGACACCGACAGUGCCAGUGAUCAGUCGGAUCAUGAAGUGGCAGAUGACCAGCACAUGUCCGACGAGGAGUUUCCGAUGUCCGACGAUGACCAGAUGCAAGCGGAUUCCGAUGGAGAGGCAGAGGAGGAAAAGGGGCCAUCAAAGUGGGCACUAACGCUGGCAAAAUACAUAAGGAAGUCGGAUGAUGCACAGAUUCUGUCCAAAGCGGUAAAGGAAGUCGAUCUGGAAAAGAGGCGCCAGGAAGCAAAACCAACUUACAAAUUUGAAGUGGUAGGCGAACAGAAGAAGCCGGCAGAAGCGGGAGAUCAGAAGGAUGAAAAGCCGGAUGAUCUGGAAAUGGCUAAAGAGUUGCUGCGCCAGAAAGCGCUGCUCAAAAAGGAACGACAAAAGGACAUCCUUGGUUUGCGGAUCAAACCCUCGAUUGGACAGUAUGAAAGGGAACGGGCGCUGAAGAAGAUUGCCACCCGGGGAACUGUGCAGCUUUUCAACGCCGUCCGACAACAGCAACGGGACGUGAGCAAAAAGCUAGACGAAGCCGGAAAACUGGAGUACAAACGGGACAAAGUGCUGAAGAACCUGAGUAAGAAGGAAUUUUUGAACGUCCUGAUGAGUGGACCCCGGGCAAAGUCGGAACUGGUGGACAAUUUGGUCAAGAAGGAAGAGGUCAAGGAUGAAAUCAAAUCCGAGGACGAAUCCGACGAUGACGAGCCAAAGUCGACGUGGGGAGCGUUGAGAGCGGAUUUUCUCACUGGGAAGAAAUCAGGGUGGGAUAAGGAGGACAGUGAUAAGGACGAAAACGUUGGGGAUCCCAUGGACGAAAGUUCUGAUUCGGAUUAAAUUGUAUAAAUGAG